AUGGGUUGGAGCAAAUUGCCAUUUGAACUACAGGUUCUCAUCUUCUUGCACCUUGUGGACAUCGACCUGGAGGUUGACACAGCCUAUCCUGCAUCUGCCAGUGAAUCACGGGUUGCUAUGAAACUUCGAAGGCGACUGUGGCACGAAGCAGUCGGUUACAUGUCUGUCUGCCGAUCAUGGAGGCUGAAUUUCCGGUGGGCCCUCGUCCGAGGGAUCUGCGUCGACACGCUGCUAUACCUCGGCCCCGAGGAUCUCGCCUUCCAGGCACUACAGCUGCUUUACGACCCUGAGAAAGGAGACACCCCCCUUCAUUACGCCACAACUCAACUUAUAAUGGCCACCCGACGAGGCUUUGCGCAAUGCAUGCGCCUGCUAAUCGACGAAGGUGCCUGCGUCAAGGUCCUAACGUUCCCAGGUCCCCGCGGCCUUCUGUCGUUAGCCGUGGAGAGCAAUAGCAUGGAGGCAACAAGGCUUCUUCUCCAGUACAAUGCGCCUCUUGAGGAAGGUGGUCAGAUGUGUGGCGCUAGGUGGGGGUGGGGUAACGUGCUGGAAAACACUCCUCUAGGCACAGCAAUCUUCCAGCGAAAAUUGGCGAUCGCAAAGAUCUUGCUCGAAGCCGGAGCAAGCCUAGAUAUACAAAUCGGCCACGUCGGUGGUGUCGAUGAUCCCGCACAGCUUUUGGCCGGCCGGAAGUACGAGACUGCUAUGCUGAGUCUGCUCCUCCAGUAUGGUUUGCGGAUCGACAACGACAAGUACGAUCCACUUAAUGGACGAAAUCACCCUCUCGCUACCGCAAUUUUAGGUGACGCUGUGCAGCAAGCACGAUUGCUCCUUCGGGCUGGGGCGAGACUGCUAGAUAUGAGCAGAGGGAUUGAUGCUGCUGUAAGCGAGGAAAUGAAAGGGUUGCUGCGUUCGUACUGCUGA